AUGAAGAAAGCUCAUGAAACUGUAAUUGGUUUCUUGAAUUAUGAGCAAUUAUUAUUCAGGAGUUCACAAAAAAUAAAAGAUUUUCUAUGGAUUGAAGGCGAAAAUGAUGAAACUUCUCAGUCUAUGACAACUAGAAUGGUUUAUUCCCCUAAUGGUCCUAAGGGCACUAAAUUUACCAAGAAAGCGCGAGAUAUUUGA